AUGUCCUGCUCCAGCCUGUGCGUCCCUUCCGCUGGGGUGGCCGCCCCGUGCCCUCUGGCUGACACCACCAAUGAGCCCUGUGUGCGUCAGUGCCAGAGCUCCACGGUGGUGAUCCAGCCCCCAGCUUCGGUGGUCACCUUCCCUGGACCCAUCCUCAGCUCCUUCCCACAGCACAGCGUUGUGGGCUCAGCGGGAGUCCCUGCCGUUGCCGGGGGUUAUGGUGGCAGUUAUGGAGGCUAUGGUGGAUUCGGAGCCUACGGUGGCUACGGAGGCCUUGGUGGCUAUGGAGGCCUUGGUGGCUAUUGGGGCUAUGGAGGCUAUGGUAGCUGUGGAGGCUACGGAGGCCUUGGUGGCUACGGAGGCUUUGGUGGCUGUGGAUAUGGAGGCUGGGGCCGUGGUCUCAGGUCCUUCGGUGGUUGGUGUGGCAGCUGGUAA